AUGAACAAGUGUUGGACGCGGGGCCAGGAGCAGCGGCGCGAGCUGGAGAACUACACAGUGCACUUCAACAGCGGAGGCCUCAGCGACGACUCCUACGAGGAGCUCAACAACUACGGCGACGACGACCACGACGACGAUUUCGACUUCGACUGCGGCGGCGGCGGCAGCAGCGGCGGCGGCGACAGCAGCAGCAGCCGCAGCGGCGGCAGCAGCCGCGGCGGUGGAUUUGAAGACGGCAAGGGUGCGGGAAGUUACGCGUCUGCCUCGAGAUCUGGAGAGGGAAACCGAAGCAAGUCCAGCGGCAACACCGGCGAGGGCACGCGGCGGAAGGUUGCAGCGACCAAGGUGGGAAUCAAGAAGGGAAAGAAAAGGGCCAGCAGUAGUGGCGGUGCGUCUGGCGGGAAGCAGUCGGCAAUGAGGAUGAAGCACGCCAUGAAGUGUUUGUCAAAACCUACAGAGAUCCUCGGCAGGAGGGCUACGAAGGAGAGGGAUCGCGAGGAGAAGAAGAAAGCUCGGGGCGAUGCAGCAGGGAUGCAGGAACAGCUCAAGAUUUGCCGAGAGAGCAAGGUCACUCUGGCUAAGGUGACGCAGCAGGUCGCAGUGAUUUCGAGUGCAUUGGAGCUUCAGGCGAAGACAGAGCAGAGGAGGGAAAGGAUUGAGGAGUUGGAAAAGGUGGAGAAACUGUAUCGGGCUCGCGGCAUGGAUAAGAGGGCGGACGAGGCUGCUGCGCAAGUGCUGGCUAUUUUGGAGUCGCCGAUAGCACGGGUUUUUGGUGGUAGCGGUACCGUUGCUGCGGGAGUCACCACCUCUGGGGGCGUGGGCAUGAUGGAAGGCGUAGAGGGCGGCGCCGGCGGUGGUGCACAGGGCGACACCGUUGACGUGGAUUUAACCGGAUGCACGAACGGCAACCGGAGUGACAACGCGGUCUCCGACGAGGCUGCCUCCGUCCGGGCAGGCGCAGGUGAAGCCGCCCGCAACCAUGCCAGGGCUACAGGAGGUCCGGGAUCGGAGGCUACGUCGGGUGCUGCUGCCAAGUACUACGCCUCACUCGGGGCUGCGCCUAGCGGACCCGCCACCGACGUUUUGGAGGUGGACAUUUCGGAGAGUGAAGCGGAUGCGGGGGGCAACGUGCUUGGAAUGGGCGUCGACGGCGGUGGAGGUGUUAGCGGAGACGCUUCAGGCGGCAGUGCCGGCAGGGGCUUUGGGGGCGGCGGCGAGGGAGUGGGCGGUGGAGGCAGGCCGGAAAGACCGCAAUGCGACGAACACCAACUUCCGUGCAAACUCUUGAUACUUCGAGGCAAAACAUAUUGGGAGUGCGGCAUGGACGACAUCGACAAAAUGUGCGACCACUUCGAGGCUGCGGACGGCGUGAAGGUGGAUGGCGGUUCCGGGGGGGGCUCGGAUGCUUCAGCGGGCGCCACUGGUGCCGCCGNAGACGGCGUGACGGUGGAUGGCGGUUCCGGCGGGGCCUCGGAUGCUUCAGCCGGCGCCACUGGUGCCGCCGCGAAGGACAAACGCGGCGGGUCUUCCGUGGGCAGCGCCGGCAGUGGCUUUGGGGCUGGUGGCGAGGGCGCGGGCGCUGGAGGCGGGCCGAAACCACCGCAGUGCAAGGAACACGGCAUUCCGUGUAAAAUAUUGCAGCGUCAAGGCGAAAACUAUUGGGAGUGCGGCAUGGGCAAGGUCGAGGAUAUGUGCGACCACUUCGAGCGUGCGCGCGGCGUCACGGUGGAUGNCGAGGAUAUGUGCGACCACUUCGAGCGUGCGCGCGGCGUCUCGGUGGAUGGCACUUCCGGUGAGGCUGCGCCUGCUGCCGCGGGUACCGCUUAUGCCGCCGCCAAUGGUGUUGGCGGAGUCGGCUCCCUGGCCGCCGCCGGCGGCGGCGGCAUGGGGGGUCUUCACGGAACGGCGGCUGUGGGUGCGCCUGCUGCCGCGGGUACCGCUCGUGCCGCCGCCAAUGGUGUUGGCGGAGUCGGCUCCCUGGCCGCCGCCGGCGGCGGCGGCAUGGGGGGUCUUCACGGAACGGCGGCUGUGGGUGCGCCUGCUGCCGCGGGUACCGCUCGUGCCGCCGCCAAUGGUGUUGGCGGAGUCGGCUCCCUGGCCGCCGCCGGCGGCGGCGGCAUGGGGGGUCUUCACGGAACGGCGGCUGUGGGUGCGCCUGCUGCCGCGGGUACCGCUCGUGCCGCCGCCAAUGGUGUUGGCGGAGUCGGCUCCCUGGCCGCCGCCGGCGGCGGCGGCAUGGGGGGUCUUCACGGAACGGCGGCUGUGGGUGCGCCUGCUGCCGCGGGUACCGCUCGUGCCGCCGCCAAUGGUGUUGGCGGAGUCGGCUCCCUGGCCGCCGCCGGCGGCGGCGGCAUGGGGGGUCUUCACGGAACGGCGGCUGUGGGUGCGCCUGCUGCCGCGGGUACCGCUCGUGCCGCCGCCAAUGGUGUUGGCGGAGUGGCUUCGGUGGGCGCAGGUGCCGGCGGCAUGGGGGGUCUUCACGGAACCUCGGCGGCUGUGGGUGCGCCUGCUGCCGCGGGUGCCGCUCGUGCCGCCGCGAACGGUGUUGGCGGAGUGGCUUCGGUGGGCGCCGGCGCCGGCGGCAUGGGGGGGCUUCACGGAGCGUCGGCCGCUGGGGGUGUUGCUGACGACACCCGUUCCCACGCACUAAAUGCUAGGGACCUUGCUAUCCAAGCCUUGGCCCAUUUCCCCAAUGGUGGCCAGGCGGCGGUUGCAGCUGCGGCAUUCAUACAAGCUCGCAUGAACGGAAGGUCAGACACAUAA